CCAGACUGAUGUAUGUACAGCUUAACACAGUUUUUCCACAGUGAAACGUGUAUUAUAAUGCUAUGUUUGCUUAAUAGUUCACUCCACUCAAAAAAAUGUUAGUAUAUCUCUUGUUUGUGAUGUGCAGGCUGUCUUUGAAGGGUGCUCAAGAAAUGCAGGGAGAAGGAGAGGAGGCUGACUUCCUGACUGCAGUGAGGGGUAACCCUAAUGCUCCUCUGCUACGAGAGAUGCUGAGGGCCAAGAAGGAUUUGCUAACUAAGAUGAAUCGCAUGUACAACUCUUUUCUUGGAGACACUCAGCAAUUGUAUAGUGACGAGGUGAGGAGGACUCCUUCUGUUGCAGAGUCUUUAACUACACCACGUCGCCUUUCCCUUCCAUCUCCUGUGUCCACAUCAGCUCAGUCUCUGCAGCAAGACUUUCGCCGGGCCAGCAUGGGAGCCUUUUUUACUACUUCUAGUACACCCAAUUCCCCUCCCCGCAUACGCACUUGUUUGCUGAAAGAUUACCUUUUGGUGCCAGGUGCUAAAUGGUCUCAUUUGAAGCAGGGAGAUGAAGUGGUGCUGACAGGGAGACUGGAAAGUGGCUGGUUCCGCUGCCUUGCCCACACAGAUGUGGGGGCCACAGAGGAGGGAAUGGACAUCUUUCCUGGCUAUAUCCACAUAUCUGAUGACAACUGCGAUAGUCUACCAGAUACACCAUCUCCACAACUAGAUAGUGCUGACACCCCCUCACCUAAUCCAGGGGCCUGUGAAGGAGUGACUGACAUGUUUAUUUCAGAUCCUGAAAAUACUGAUAAAGAUACUUGCAAUUUACCAUCAUGUGAUCAGGCCAGUGAGUCACGUGAUACAGACACUAGACAGUCACAUGAUCAAAGUGUAGUGCUCCAGGGGGAAAGUCCACGUUCAAUGCGUGUAGGGAGAAGUUAUUCAUACAUUGCUGCAACACAGACCAACCCCGAAAGCAGUCUUUUGGGUCUACAAAAUGCACGAAGAUCACUGGAUUAUGGUGUCAUUCAUAAGAGGAAAGAGGAAAGGCACGCUCAGGGGGGAGUGGAGAGACAAGACUCUGUUGGUGCACUUGAGGAUCUCUUGUCUCAACUGGCCAAGUCAAAUACUCGCAGUUUUAGAUUCCCUCUGGUUGGUGUUGUUCCACCCUCGGUGGUGAAGAAUGUACCAGAGAUGUCGGACCUAAUACUUGUGACACCACCUAUUUUCUCCCAGUCUCUCUCCCAGUCUGUUGGCGUGGUUGCUUCUUCUGACCAUUCUCCUGCACAUUCAUUCAGUAUGACUGAAUCUACAUACCAAUCAGCUCACCAGCAGGCAAUUUGCAGCAGUGCCAUGCCCCCACACUCCGUGCAACCUGAUACUCACACGCAGAGUCCGCUACAAACAAAAAUGCAAGAACCAUCCAACUCCGCACCUACCACCCCACUUCACACCGCAGUUCUGUCCCCUGUCCCCACACCCUCAUCCACAACUCCCGGUAACGUGGAAAUGUCACCUAACAAACUCCCGAUCUCACCAUUAAAAUCUCCUCGGGCUCGCCGCCAUGUGUAUGAGCCAGUGGCAGCAAUGUUGGACAACCCCUUCAUCAAGAAGUUUCUACCUGGGAAGAAACCAUCCAAGCAAAAGUCUUUGCCUGAUAAACUCUCUAUAUCGAAGACUCCUACUAUAGAAGAGGAGGCGCCAUACUCCCUAUCUCCCUCCCCUGCACCCCCUUCUCCUCCCCAUUCCCCUCUUCCUCCCCCUGCUAUGCUGGAGUUCAGUGAGCAGGCCAUGCAAGCAGACAUGAGAACAAGAAUGUCCAGUUUCAGUGGGCGUCCAAUCAAAUCCACUGGAAUCUGUCUUCAAUUUGGCGAGGAUGACUCUAGCUCCGACAGUGACCGUGACAGUAUUACCGAGUCAGAUGUACCUGAGAGACUUGCACUCUCCCAGAGUCUGUCGUCGACUGGGGGGUUUGCAGGAGGCUCAAUAGACUAUUCUCCAACUGAGAUAUCUGGCCUGCUCCUUCCUCCCUCAGUAUCUCCUGACAUAUUGGCCCCUGGGAAUCUCAGGAGGGCAGCCUCUGCACAUGGUUCUCUUUAUGUGAGGGUGGAGAAUGGUGAGCCAGCAAUCAUUUCUCCAGACUCCCGCAACAAGUCAUGCAGUACUCACUCUCUCACAUCUCCUAUAGUCCGGGGAUUAUAUAACUCCUUCAAUGAGAGCCCAGUUCCUGCCAAGAAGAGGAACUCAUCAAAGAAGAGACAAGGGUCAGAGCGUGAAGAGACAGAGCCAGAGUCACCAAAGUUCGGGGGAAUAUUCAGACAGCCUCCCACUGGGCAAAGGAGAUUUGUGUACCUAGAUCCUCGUCAGCCAAAGUAUGGAUUCCGACUAGAGGUAUGGGUAAUUUGCCGUUCCUUAAUCGUAAGUGAGGUAUCAAAGCAAGACAACAACAUCCAGGACAGCACUUUUAUCAAAUGAAAAAAGUGGGCCCUGCCUGCUGAGCUACCCUGGUAAGUAGCUCAGAUGGUAAACCAGUCUGCCUAGACUGCAGAGUGUCACGGAUUAUGGUUUUUACCUAGGGCAGCAAGUCUACAAAAUUGCAAAGCGAAAGCAAACCCCAAAUUACUCUGUGGGAGGUACGGUACCAGUCAAAAAAAAUGCACCGUAUUUCCAGCUUUUAGUGUGUAGCUACCCGUCCUACAGUGAUAAAAUGCACUUAUGUAGCAACACUACAGCAUACCUACGUACUACAGCAAGGAUUGUACGUAAUGUUACUACAGUGGUUAAACCAAACAGCGCCACAUGUGUACCGGUCGUAAAAGGCCAAAACUUCAUGCAAGCACUGAGUACAAUACAAUAGCAACACCUUUAAGUUUUGGAGUUGUAACACAACAACGGUGCAUUUUUUUGACUGGUACCGUAUGUGGGAAUUCGUAACUGAGCAUGUGUGUACGAUAAUGUUGUAAGACUGAUACAUAAAUAGUGCAGUACAGUGUGCGGUUACAUUGUUUCUGCUUUUUUCUCUGUGACCAGAGUUAUGGUCGUCCGUCAGAGCUUGGGCAGGAGAUCCAGGUCUUUGUCCAGAGUGUGAGUCCUGGCUCCCCAGCCUUCAUGAGUGGGCUAUUCCCAGGAGAUACAAUCCUGGAGGUCAAUGGGGUUAAUGUCCGCUCGGACCCUGUAGCUACUGUGGUGAAGAGAAUUCAAGACUGUCCUCGCACAAGUGACAAAAAAGUGCAGUUGACAGUGAUGUUUGUGGAUGGGGUAACAAGACUUGAAAGAAUGAAGAAAACUGAUCACUUGAGGUACCAGAUGAAGAUGAACCAGGCACAGUUGAGAGUGAUGAUAUCUGAGGAGUCUAGCCACUUGGCUACUACAAGCCUCCCUCCCAAACGAAGUAUAACACCAGCCACUGACCUUAAACCAUGGUGUAGUCAGACUCCAUCUGCAGGCCCAAUCCUCCACCUCUAUCCUUGUGAUAGUGUUCUGAAUGAGCAGGUGGCUCUAUCGAGUGUCCACCCAUCUCAAUUGGGGUCAGAUGUGCUAGUGAUCCCCCUUUGUGUUGAUGUCCGUAGAGACAGUAAUAACGUACUGACACAAAUGUUGAUGGAUGGAGGGUCAGAGCUACUAGAUGAGCUGUGCCUAGCAGUCUACUGCCCCCUGGGAGAGUGUAUUAUUACUAGAGGAUACCUCCUACCAACCCACUCUGUGUUCCACUGUGUAUUUGGUGACAUGGAAGAAAACUUACAGCAGUGCAUAGAGCACGCCUUGGACAAUGGCUGGACUAAUAAGACAGGCACCAUUACAUUUUGGCUAGAGGGAUUCACAGCUGUAAAUGGUAUGAAACUUUAUUACUAUUAAGUGAAUUCUGUGCAUUUUUGGCGAGCCCUGCUGCUGUCCUUAACUGUGGAUCAGCCAAACGUCGCACACUUAGACUAUGGAAAACCAUUUGUAGCAAGGCCAAUUAAUACAAAAUAUACAAGGAGACAAGACAGGGAUUACUAUGAUGCAGAUGGGGGCUGCUCACACACAGGUGUGGCUUGCUUUCAUAACAUAUAUUGUAUAUAAAUAAGACCAUAGAUAGCCACUAUGCAAUCAAGGAGCUGGCAGAGUGAGUUGCCCAUAUGCUGUGUUGUUAACCCUCGGUGCGCAUGCGCAGCGAGGGUUACUGUAGUUGUUGUGUGUGUCUGUUUGACAUCUCACUUCACGAGCCAUGAAUCACUCCACAAACAAUACCAUGUAUUCAGCGUCGGGUAUAGGUUGCAAAGUAUGUAGGGUUUUCUCUGAAACUUCUGUGUUGAAUAGUUACGGCAGUAAACACGAGUGAAAACCAAUGUGCUAAUUAGAACUGGCUUUCCUCGAGAGGGUUUGCUUUCUCUGUGUAUCUUGAAGGGACAAGAAGUCACAACGAAGGUUAUGUAUUGACUCAUGCAUGGUAUCUACUGCUGUAGCUAGCACGUGUCAGACUCUCCGCGAGCUACCAUUGGGAGACCACAAGUAAACGCAUACUAGCCGAGCCCAUCAAUCAGCGGUAUCGCACAUGCGCAGUUCGCCAAGCUUUCGUGCUUUUUAAUUUAGAGCUGAAAACACACAAUGAUUAUUACACUAGGUUGGAGUCACAAGGUUCUGUAUGUCAUAGUAAAACUAAUCGGCUUAGGCCAAAUGUCUGCAUGACAGUAAAGUCAAUGGCUUUGUGACAGUAGAGGACUUGUGUGGUAGAAAACGUGCAUGAGCAACUAAUGCCUAUGUGUAUGUAGCCCCUGUACAUGCACCAGUCGUCCCUGUCUUGUCCCCUUGCUUUUCAUGAUAUCACUAUUAAUUUUUUUUAUUUGUUAAAUGCAUGGUGUACAAUAAAAAGGAUAUAAAAAGGCGCAUAGACGUAGUAUUAGUAAACUACUACUUAACUCUUCAUAAGACACCAGUAUAUGAAGUUGAGAACCCAGCAUAAGUGAGUUGUAGCCAUUUACAAGCUUGUUAUUAUUUUUAUGAACUCUAUCAUAGCACAUCAGUGUGCAAUGUUUCUUUGUUAAACGACUAAGCACUAGCAAGGUUUGGGUACUAGCACCAUAUCAUUUGGUUGUUGUUUCCUAACUCGUGAUUAGGAGACCUCGUCAUGAUAGCUAGAUGACUAAGCAUUAUGGGAAUAUAAAUUGCCACUGAUCACACCUGGCCACUUCCUGACGGUAUUGGUAAACGGCUGUACUUCAGUGCCUGUGGGUUAACCAGUACAAAUCAGUUUCCAUGUAGGAUUGUAACUUUGCACACCAGUCUGUCCACACAGUGUCAUAGAGUGUGUUCGCCUAUGGCUGCAACAGGGAGGAAACCACUGCAAGUACACAAGAAUCGUUUUCUCGGCAGAGACUAGCACAGACUGCACUAAAACGCUUCUUGAACGAUACUUUCCACUGGCACACUACUACUUUAGUUCACAGACACCAGAAAGUGUAAGGAGAGCACCACGACACAAGGAAGAUGAUGCCCCCACAUCUAGAGAGGAUUCUAGAGCAAGCAGUGAAGAUCCCCAAGAGACCAAAUCCUCUGUCCCGGAAGCCAACUAUGACGACACGCUCCUUACCAGAGAGCACGCCUCUUCCUCUUCACCAUCCCACACGUACACUCAAUGCGCAGAGAAUGGAAUCAGAUGUCUGACAGCUGGCCUUAAACUGACUUUUAUAAAAUGCACAAACAGUCAUAUUAUACAGCCCUAGCCCUAGCUCAAUGCAUAUCUAAUAACGUCAAUUAGCUGUACCUUUUUUGAAAUACAUUCUGCAUUUGCAUGGAUAC